AUGGAGCCGCCUCAUGAUAUGUUCUUGGGAGGUGAAGAGGAAUGCCACAGCAGUGAGUCUGGAUGGACUAUGUAUAUUGGAUCUCCGAUAAGCGAUGAUGAUGAUGGUGAUUGUUAUCAAGUGACUCAUCAAAUUCAAGGUGAUGCUGGAAUUGAAAGUGAUGAUUCAAUGGUUUCUGAUGCUUCUUCUGGACCAACUCAUUAUGGUGUUAAUGUUAAUAAACCUUUGAGACAUUUCAAGAAUAAAGUGGAACAUGAUGCAUAUCAUGAUGAUGAUGAUGAGGUUGGUGAGUACUAUUGCUAUGAUUAUCACAAGAAAGAAAGUCAAAUUGAAGAGAAAAAGGAGGAAAAGAAACAGAAGGUUUCAGUUCAAGGUGGUGGAAGGGUUAAGGUGAGGAAAAAUCAAAGGGUGGGAACAAGAAAGUAG